GACGCGGGGGGGGCGCACCGGGGCUGCGGUCUGCCUGCUCACAACGCAAAACCAGUAAACAUCCUGAAUUACGCCUUUAAAAUCCAAGGCAUCUUUAAACUCGUUCAUAAUCUCGUUUAAAAGCCACUAGAAAGUAUUAUUUUAUACUUCUGUUCAUUAAUACACCUCCAUUAACAGUUACAGUCUCAGAGAAAUUCUGAUGCUGUGAAGUUUCACAUUUAACAAUCUCAUAAAUCUCAUUAAAAACAGCCUCCUAAGACACAAAUUGGUCUUACUGCUGCAGUUGCUAUGUGAGCGAUAUAACGCUCACUCAGGUGUGGAACUGACAAGCCAACAUGUUUUUUAACUAAAUUUGCAAAGGGCUUUGUGUGGCAGAAGGAGCUGCAGCUCAGGAUCUGCUGCCCCGUGGCUGUGCUUGGGGUUUGAAGAUGUUGUAGAUCUGGGGGUACCCAAAGUGCUGCUGGAGCAGGUGGCACCACUCGUUUAAAGCUCGACUUGUGCUUCCUGGUUGUGAAUGCAAUGAACUUUGAUGUUAAUAGAGCAUGGAAAGCUUUCUUUGAUACACCAAGUCCAAAUAGCUUUUAAUUAUUAACUGGUGUUAAUAGGUGUUCUUUUUCUUCUGAUGCAAUUAAGUGUCUAUGAUAAGAGAACAGCUUUCACCUUUUGUAUGUAAGUAUGUAAUUAACCUUAAUACAAACAGCCCUUGUGACAAUGGGGAUAACUCUUUGGGCAAAGGUACUUCGCUGGUCACGUGCACAGAGGUACUUCGUGCAUCGAGGAUUGAACUUUCUGGGGUUUUUUUUUGUUUUAGUGCCCAGCAGUUUCAGGUAGUUCAACAAGACGUUGCCAGCAUUAGCAUUUUAAAAUGCCAGUUAUGCCUAUUCUUAAAGGUUACAGCCCUGCAGGUGCUUGUCCUGGCUGAGGUCAGGCAGUCGGGCUGUAGUUGUCACCAUGUGGGCUGUCUGCAGGCGGUGGUACCCCCAGGCUCCCAUCUCUGCUUCCAGAGCUGCCUCUUGUACCCCCCAUGUCCGUGUUUGGCGGCUGCAGGGACUGCGCUUUACAGGUGUGCAUCUGCACUGGUAACAGGCUAUGUGUAAAAAACCAAUUCCGAAUAGAAAAACCACACCCAAACCCUCUCUUUCAGUGGUUAAUGCUGCACUGGCUGCAAAUUAUCAGGGCCUGAUUAUACCUCCUUCUUUCUCAAAUCUUUGGAACCUCGGGAGUGGGGCACAAAGAAUAAGUCUCUUUAGCCCGUGAACGUCCUUAUCUGAGCAGCGCCAGAACAAUCUGCUGGGGAAACGGAAAACGAAUUACUGUCUCAUUUCUUAUCACUAAUAUGGGGUAGUCUGGGAGCUGAAUUAGUCCCGGGACACUUAGAGACAAGGUCUAGGUCUUGGUUUCAGGUUGUGUGUCAGCAGCUUCUGGUUGCCCUCAGGUGAUAACGGCAACCUUUGGUACAGCUGUAGUGGGCGAUUGCUGCCUGUCCCGGCAGGGAUGUGUUUAGCUGCAGCGACUGCUGUGUGCUUCCUCCUGUGUCUGUGCUGGAGCUGGCAAACCUCAGUAUUCUGUACUCAGAACCAUCUUUACCUUCUUUGUGUGGGGGCAUUUGUUUCUCCUGGACAGUACAAUCAGCAGCAUCAACUCAACACUUCAUUUUCUUGCUGUGAUUAGUGAAAGCUGAGACCAUAGCACUCCCGCAGGCGGGGGCCGAUCUGAGGGGGUGACCUCUGGGAGCAGUCAGCUCAGGAAGCAGCGAGGAUGGUGCAGAACCAUCAGUAUUGCACACUGUUGGUGCCUCUCACAGCCCCAGGUCUGAAGAAGAGCAGGACAGUGUGGGUGCUGUGCGGGGCCCUGGCUGGUACCGUGUCUGCGAGGGAAGGGCCACCCUCCUGGCACACAAAUGCUGGUGGCCCAGCCCUAGAGCCCAUUCAGGCGUGGUGGCAAAACCUGACGCUAUCAGCCCUUGGGACCAGAACAGAGCUCCGCUUGCCUGGUUCCCUCUCAGAGCAGGAGUCGGUCUGAGUUUUAGAUCCCUUAGUUGUGCUUGUAGCUAAUAGUCCUAUUUCACCAGGAGUCUGUCGUCUCUGUGGGUGUAUGUCUAGUCAGGUAAGGGAUCUACUUAAAAAAAGAAACUUGAAAAAGGUUUUGGUUAUACCCUCUCCCUUUCCCCUCACCAGAAGCAACCGAGAUCAUGAGGCUUUCCCUGUUAACACCAAGGGGCUGCCUGGUGCAUCCAUGGCAGUCAGCUUCAGGGGGCUCUAGGUUUUACCUUUGGUUGAGUAUGGCCUCUAGGAACAGCUACAGAGCAAGGCAGAGGCUUUUUUUUUUCUGGGAUAGGAGCAGGAAUGUACAGAACCCACGGCUUUCUUCGUUCUUAGGGCAAAGGUUUUUCUGCUGCUUGAUCUGUUUUUUCCAGGAGGGAGGGGAGAGUGAGGGAUUGGAGAAAACAACCCUCCUCCUCUUCUUGCAUAGUUUACUUCAUUAAAUCAUCAUCCAUCAAGCUGAUAGUGUACUUGCUGAGGUCUCGUUCUGCACUGGCGUGCUAAGGCAGCAGAGCACAGAAAUGGGAGCAGAUUCUGAGCGAGUUGGGAUCCUGCUCUCAUCCUCGCAUGGAAAUAGUAAGGUGCCUGUGUAGCCUGCUCUGCCAGCGCUGUUCUCCACCAGCAGCGAGCUCUGACGGUGAGUUACAGCUUUAACUCUGGCCGAUUAGGCACUUUUCCACCCAGGAGUGCCCUGUGCCGCAGGGUUGGUGUGGCGCCGGGGCUUGGGGACCAGGAGUCCAGCGGCAGAGACCCUCCUUGGCGCGGAAGGUGCAGAAUCAGGGCUGGCUCCAUCGCCCCCCAUCUCUGUCGUGCUGCUGUGGGCUCCCCCAGCAGAUCGGGGUGGUCACCCCCAGGCUUGCUGCCAGACCAGCGCCUGCCAGUGUGGCCUCGGGACUCUCCACUGAGCUGCUUCUUUCUCUGGUCGCUUCUCUGUUACAUCUCUUGUUCUUCUGGGAGUGCGGACGGGUGUUCUGCCUGGAGGCAUGCUAUAAUUUUACCCUUAUUUCCGAGGGGAUUUCACAAGCAGCUGGAUUUCUCUGUGUGUUUGUUUCUCUUGCCCAUUCCCACCCUGCCCGAGCAGAUGCAGGCAGCCUCCCUGGAUCAUGGUGAGGGGUUCUCACCACCCUGGCACGGCGCUGGCAGUAGCCCAGUAGCCCAGCCUGUGCAACCCUGGUUCCCUGAGGAGGAGCUGCCAAAAGGGAAGGGUGUGCUGGUGAUCAGGGAAACCGUGCUCAAAAGAGGAGGAAAUACAGUAACUCUCAGCCUGGGGAGUGCUGGAAAUUAUGCGAGAGCAUGAGAAGCAGUGGUAGAGAGUGUCUCGUGUCCAUUUUUAGGAAGUACUUAAUAAGAGGAGGUGUUCACAGUAUCCUCUUCUCAAGGUUGCCCUUGCUUACACGGGAGGACUUCUUUUCACCACUUUACGGCUGGGGAAAGCAUGGUAAAGGGCAGAUGCUUGACAUUUAUCGAUGUGCAGCCACGGUCAUGGUGAACAGCUGUGUCCUUGGUGGCUCAGGUCAUGCGUGCUGUGGAUUGCAGUGCCGUCGCUUCUGCGGCGGGCAGUGCUGCUAUUGUAGGUGACACUGCGAGGCACGCUCCUUCCCUGGCAUUUAUAAAGCACGGCUUGUGUCCCGCCGUGGUCACAGAGUAAACCAGAGCUUGCAAACGCAGAAGCCCUGACCUCUUACAGCCCAAGCUGUUGCUGAUGAUUCCUCUUUGUCCUCUUUCCUGGCCAUUUCUUCCUUUUGCCUCUUCCCACAAACUCCUGUACCUCUCACGCUGGUCUCUCUGUUUUUCUAGGUCUUCCUGAGCUGAAAGGAUGAAAAUUGGCAAUUGGAAAGUCACCGUCACUGUCCUAAGCUUCAUCUUAACUCCUGGAGUCUCAGUUGAUGUAUUUGGGUGCAGGAGCCUGCAAGAGGGUCCACUGUCCCCUUCCAUGAUUUAGGUCGUGGCUUGGAGCAUGCAGCACUAGCGGGAUGGUCGCCCACCAGAGCUGCCAUGUCGUCCCUGACGACCCCCAGUGAGGGAAAGAGCUCUGCUCCCAGGUUUGUUGUUGGUUCCAGGGAUGAUGAGACAGACUUUCUGGGAUCAAACAUGAAGACUGACGAAACCAAUUUCUUUGAAGACGAUGAAGAGGAGGAGUCGCCACCUGAACGGCAGAUCGUGGUUGGAAUCUGUGCCAUGACCAAAAAGUCCAAGUCAAAGCCCAUGACACAGAUUCUGGAGCGUCUGUGCAAAUUUGAGUAUAUCACAGUGGUGAUUAUGGGGGAAGAUGUUAUUCUGAAUGAACCGGUGGAGAACUGGCCCUCCUGUGACUGCCUGAUAUCGUUCCACUCCAAAGGAUUCCCCCUGGAUAAAGCGGUUGCUUAUGCCAAGCUGUGCAAGCCAUUUCUGAUUAACGACCUUGAUAUGCAGUAUUAUAUCCAGGACAGGCGUGAAGUGUAUCGGAUCCUUCAAGAAGAGGGAAUAGACUUGCCCCGCUAUGCUGUGCUCAAUCGAGACCCUGAUAGACCCGAAGAGUGCAACUUGGUAGAAGGAGAGGACCAUGUGGAGGUAAAUGGAGCUGUUUUCCCAAAGCCGUUUGUAGAGAAGCCAGUCAGUGCUGAAGACCAUAACGUGUAUAUUUACUACCCAACGUCAGCAGGUGGGGGCAGCCAGCGGCUCUUCCGGAAGAUUGGCAGCCGGAGCAGCGUGUACUCCCCAGAGAGCAGUGUGAGGAAGACAGGCUCCUACAUCUAUGAGGAGUUCAUGCCUACGGAUGGCACUGAUGUAAAGGUGUACACUGUGGGGCCUGACUAUGCCCACGCAGAGGCUCGCAAAUCCCCUGCCCUGGAUGGGAAGGUUGAACGGGACAGUGAAGGGAAGGAGAUCCGUUACCCGGUCAUGCUGACUGCCAUGGAGAAACUAGUUGCCCGGAAAGUCUGCGUAGCCUUUAAGCAAACCGUGUGUGGGUUCGACCUCCUGCGGGCAAACGGCCACUCUUUUGUUUGCGAUGUGAAUGGCUUCAGUUUUGUGAAAAACUCUAUGAAGUAUUAUGAUGACUGUGCCAAAAUCCUCGGAAAUAUAAUCAUGCGGGAAUUGGCUCCUCAGUUUCAUAUUCCCUGGUCCAUCCCAACAGAGGCAGAAGACAUUCCCAUCGUCCCCACAACUUCAGGCACCAUGAUGGAGCUUCGUUGUGUUAUUGCAGUCAUCCGGCACGGAGAUCGUACCCCAAAGCAGAAGAUGAAGAUGGAAGUUAAGCAUCCCCGGUUCUUUGAAUUAUUUGAGAAAUAUGAUGGCUACAAGACAGGGAAGUUGAAGCUGAAGAAACCGGAACAGCUACAGGAAGUGCUGGACAUCGCGCGGCAGCUUGUGGUGGAGCUGGGAACCCACAGCGACUGUGAGAUUGAAGAGAGGAAAUCCAAACUGGAACAGCUGAAGAGCGUCUUGGAGAUGUAUGGACACUUUUCUGGCAUUAACCGUAAGGUUCAGUUGACCUACCUGCCUCACGGACAUCCAAAAGCUGCAAGUGAAGAUGAAGAAGCUCGCCGAGAAUCUUCCCCAUCCCUUCUCCUGGUGCUUAAGUGGGGUGGAGAGCUGACACCGGCAGGAAGGGUCCAGGCAGAAGAGCUGGGGCGAGCCUUUCGCUGCAUGUACCCCGGUGGCCAAGGUGAUUACGCUGGUUUCCCUGGGUGCGGCUUGCUCAGACUGCACAGCACCUACCGUCACGAUCUCAAGAUCUACGCUUCAGACGAGGGGCGGGUUCAGAUGACAGCAGCAGCUUUUGCAAAGGGUCUGCUGGCCCUGGAAGGAGAGCUGACCCCCAUCCUGGUGCAAAUGGUGAAAAGUGCUAACAUGAACGGUCUCCUGGACAGCGACAGCGAUUCCCUGAGCAGCUGCCAGCACAGAGUGAAGGCACGGCUCCAUGAAAUCAUGCAGAAGGAUGCCGAGUUCUGUGAAGAGGAUUAUGAGAAGCUAGCACCUACAGGCAGUGCUUCUCUGCUCAACUCCAUGACAUUUAUCCAGAACCCAGUAGAGGUCUGUAACCAGGUCUUCACCCUGAUUGAGAAUCUCACCUCCCAGAUAAAAAAACGCCUGGAAGACCCAAAAUCUGCAGACCUGCAGCUGUACCACAGCGAGACUUUAGAGCUGAUGCUGCAGCGCUGGAGUAAGCUGGAGCGAGAUUUCCGCAUGAAGAACGGGCGCUAUGACAUCAGCAAGAUCCCCGAUAUAUAUGACUGCAUCAAGUACGAUGUUCAGCACAACUGUGCACUGAAACUGGAAGGCACAGCUGAGCUCUUCAAACUCUCCAAAGCCCUGGCAGAUGUGAUCAUACCCCAGGAAUAUGGAAUUAAUAAGGAGGAGAAACUGGAGAUUGCUAUUGGCUUUUGUCUUCCUCUCAUUAAAAAGAUUCAGUUGGACCUGCAGAGAACCCAUGAAGAUGAGUCUGUCAACAAGCUCCAUCCCCUGUACUCAAGAGGAGUUCUGUCACCAGGUCGGCAUGUUCGGACGCGGCUCUACUUCACCAGUGAGAGCCAUGUGCACUCUCUGCUCAGCAUCUUCCGCUACGGGGGGCUCCUGGAUGAGAACAAAGACGAGCAGUGGAAGAGAGCCAUGGACUAUUUGAGUGCUAUCUCAGAGCUGAACUACAUGACCCAGAUUGUUAUCAUGCUCUACGAGGACAACAACAAGGACCCAUCUUCAGAAGAGCGUUUCCAUGUGGAGCUGCAUUUCAGCCCUGGCGUGAAGGGCUGUGAGGAAGACAGGAACGUGCCCACGGGCUUUGGCUUCCGUCCUGCCUCGGCGGAGAACGAAGACAAGAAAGCAGACCAAGGCAGCCUGGAGGACCUUUCCAAAGAGAAGGGCAUCGACGAACCGGACCGUGCGCAGCAAAGGUCUCCACAGCCCUCCGAGCCCAUCAGCCUUCAGCGCAGAUCUCCGCUCAUCAGGAAUCGGAAGACAGGGUCCAUGGAGGUGCUAUCUGAAUCCUCUUCCAAAUCAGGAGGUUAUCGCCUCUUCAGCACUUAUUCCAGGCAAUCUUCUGAGAUGAAGCAGAGUGGCUUAGGGUCACAAUGCACCGGCCUGUUUAGCACCACUGUGCUGGGAGGCUCCUCCAGUGCCCCCAACCUCCAGGACUACGCACGCAGCCAUGGCAAAAAGUUUGCCAGCAGCCUGACAUACAAAGACGAGCUCUUGUCUAUGCCAGCCGUAAAACGAUUUUCUGUGUCGUUUGCAAAGCAUCCGACUAAUGAUGCGUUUGAGCACCACCACGUUGCCCAGUUGCUGCGCCGUUUUUCCUCUGACUAUGCCACGGGCCGGAACAUCUGCCUGGAUGCCGCUCUAGCCCAUCACCUCCAGCAGUGCUCCUACCACCUGCGCCUCUUCAGGAGCUGGCUGAUCUCAGGGCAGGAGGACUUGGAGUGUCUUUACGGUUUUGAAGGCUGUUCCAUGGUUCCCACCAUUUAUCCCCUGGAGACCCUGCACAACUCCCUCUCUUUGCGACAGGUCAACGAGUUCCUGACAGCUGUGUGCAGGAGCUGCAGCGAAUCGCAUGUCCAGUCUACCGCAGCUUUGUUUGAUUCAAUGAUUGGCAGCCAGAUACCAGGAGACCCCUUUAUGUCCCAGCGAAUCCUGUCAUCAUCCUCUUUGCCGUUGCGCCAGCGUUCGGAUAAGCCCCCUUGGUACAGCAGCGGCCCCUCCAGUACUGUCUCCAGUGCAGGCCCAUCCUCCCCAACCUCUGUGGACAACUGCGCUCGCUUCAGCUUCUCUGAGAAACUGUCUGUCAGUCCCCCAAAGAGUGAGGAGCAGCUGAGCAGCCAGUCCCCGGAGCACAAGGAGAGGCAGUCUCCAUGCCAAGGGCUGGACGUGGAGGUGGGGAUGUCUGGAUUGUCGGUGGCAGAGCCAGGUACACCAGAGACCCUGACCUGGAAUAAGUGCCCAGAGCCAGGCAGGGCCCUGGAGUUGUGCAAGGAGCUGGCGGAGGAGGACUCUUACCCAGAGGAGAAGAGCACGGUGGAGCUGGAUGAAGAAGCAUCAGCUAGGGAAAUGUUAGAGCCCAGUAACAAUGGGAACCCAAAGCGGGGUGCAGGGUGUGAUAUAAGGCUGGUAGGGGAGAGGGUGAAGCCAGGGGAGGGGUACUCAGGGGGAAUGACUGGUCUGGAUCAGUCCGGGCUGUUCAAGGAGACCUUGGUGCCCUGUGAAGAGGAGCUGCUGGAAGAGAUGUUGGAUCCAGAGCAUACAGGCAAGGAGGUGCUGGGGGACAGUGGUCUCUCAGGCCAGCUUCUGUCUGGUCACCCGUGCCAGGAGCAGCCACUGCCUCCUGAGAAAAGCAUGGAGGAGCUGCCACCGCUGUGUCAGGAGGCUCAGCAGAAUUAGCAGCUCACUGGACAGCACGCUGCAAGCGCUUCUAGCCUGGAGGCUUCCUGCACAGCACCUCAUGCAGCUGGCUGUCUGCAGCACAGAACAAGCCACGUCCCAAGGCCACAGGACUCUGGGGUGUAGAAGAUUCUGCUCUGCUGCUCCACAAGCCAGCUCUUUGCCAUUUGGCAAGAAACAAUGCUCCAUCUGCCUUGUUAAAUGAACAACAAAUGCAGUCUUGGUACUGGCACGGCACCUCCAUGGAGCGGGGACAUGAUGUCCCAAGGGCUGUGUGCUCGCCGGGACAGCAGAGUUAGAGGAUUGGUACAGUCAAGGCUUUUGGGGUGGUAAGUCCAAAGGGGACAGAUGCUGCCUUGAGAUUUUUUUGGCCCAUAGCCUUUAGGGAAAGGCAUUCUGGGCCCAAAGUAAGCAAAUCCAUCACAACCACCAACCUCCUCUCUGUUCCUUUCUUCCUCCUCUCUCAAUUCCCACCUCUGACCAGCAAAAACAGGUCCAGCAAGUCCAUGGCAGGAAGACUAGGAGAAGCAGAAACCAUUCUGGAUGAGUGUGGGAAGGAGAGUAAAAAGGGGAUCAGGUUCAAGACUGCCACUUGCAAGAAAACGUCUGUUUGGCGUGGACUUGAGCGCUUUCCUGCUGGGCUGAGGCAGAGAGGUGGGCAGGGAGGACACACGGGUGUUUUUUCUAGUCCCCAAGCGUCAGGUGGGGUACAGCUCUGAAGUCUUGGUGACAGAAAUGGAACGAAACUGCUAUUUGAACAAAUCAGGAUUAUUAGAAACCAAUAAGGAGAAAUCUUUAUUAUAUAUCAAAUGAAAAGUAUUUAAUACCUAUUUAUGUAAAUGACUUGUGAGCACAAGCCUGAGGGCAAGAUUGACACGAAUGUCCCUGCUGCAUCCUGAGUGCAGGCCAGGGCUGUGCCUCCUGCGCCUCCUGUAUUUAUGGACAAGUCUGCGUGUCUGUCUGUAGCUAGGUUCCAUGUUUUUGUGAAGCUGUGCCCAAAGAUCUCUGCGCUGUGUUGUGACAAUGUGUGUUCACAGUAAAUCUAUGCUGUGGGUCUGGCA